AUGACGACUUCAACCCCGAAGCUCAAGCUCUAUACUAACCACGGAUGCCCAUGGGCUCAUCGUGUCCAUAUUGCAUUAGCUGAAUUGAACAUCCCUUUUGAGGAAGAAAUCAUUGAUCUCAGCGUUCCCCGGACUCCCGAGUACCUGAAGAUCAACCCGCGAGGACUGGUCCCAUCGAUCUCCUACAACGGCGAGAUCAUCACCGAGUCGGCUAUCGUGGCCAACUUCCUCGCGGACGCUUUCCCUUCUCAUCUGAUUCCGGCUUCCACGGACGCCAACGGGCCACUAGUCCGUGCCAAGAUUGCCUUCUUCGUCGACACGUACUUUUCCAAGGCGGCCCCGCACUACUUCAAGACAUCGUUUGGCAAGCUUGAAGAGGAGCGCACGGCAGCCGGUAUCGAGUUUGUCAACACCGUGGCCAAGGAGCUCGAUCCCCUGCUAGCCGACGCCGCCCCCUUCUUCGGCGGCUCAAGCAAGUUGACCCAGGCUGAGGUGUUGACGGGCUCCUUCGUGCUCCGGCUCUAUACCUUUGCCCGCCCGGAGCACGGCCUCCAGCCGAUCAGCCUGGAUGACUUGGCUGCAAAGGCGCCCAACUUUGACAAAUGGGCAAGGGAAGUGUCCAAGCACCCGAGUGUCACAGGGAUCUGGAACGAGGAAAAAAUGGUGAGUUACACGAAGGAGAGGCUGUCGAAACUGAGAGCACAAGCAUAG